UCAACCAGAGUGGGAGGAGAAAGUCCGCCACUUCUGGAGCCGCAUCGUUCAGCACAUCUGGAAGCAGUUUAUGUGGCUCUCUCCACAUAAACUCCAGCAGGGCAACGUCUUGAUUCUGGGUAGUUACGUAGCAGCAAAGAAAGGAAAGAAAAAGCAGUCCCAAAAUAAUUUUGAAAGACAUUUCUCCAUCAAAGGACUUUUGCAGGAACUGCAGAGGACCUUCAAGACUCUCGACUGCAGGAUUUCAACAGCAAUCCCAUGAAAGGGGAAGUUCUGAAGUGAAUGUUGACGGCACUGGACCAUCCAGCUAUCUAGGGAGCUUGCCUUGCAGUUAUUUCUUUCUGGAGAAAAUUCCCUAUUGCCGAGCUGCCUUUGAAAGACUGAGACCAAAAGAAAGGACCAUAUGGCUCUCUUACGAAAAAUUAAUCAGAUCCUACUGUUCCUUCUUGUUUUGACUCUCUGUGCCAUUCUGUAUAAUAAAGUUCACAAGAUGCCAUCCACCAUGCUCAAGAAUGAUCCAGUUGAUUUGGAGAGCCCUGAGGAAACGGAAGAAGAAAUCCCUGUGGUGAUAUGUGCUGCUGCAGGCAGAAUGGGUGCAGCAAUAGCAGCAAUCAACAGCAUUUACAGCAACACCGAUUCCAAUGUCUUGUUCUACGUAGUUGGACUAAAGAAUGGCAUUCCACAUAUCAGAAAGUGGAUUGAAAAUUCCAAGCUGAAAGAUAUAAGAUUUAAAAUUGUGGAAUUCAACCCCAUGGUGCUAAAAGGGAAAAUGAGGCCAGAUGCAGCACGGCCCGAGUUACUUCAACCUCUAAACUUUGUGCGGUUUUACCUCCCUCUGCUUAUUCAUGAACAUGAAAAAGUGAUAUAUCUCGACGAUGAUGUGAUUGUGCAAGGUGACAUCCAAGAUCUGUAUGACACCAAACUAGCCCGUGGGCAUGCGGCAGCUUUUUCGGAUGACUGUGAUUUGCCUUCCACUCACGAAAUUGUGAGAAGCAUCGGAAUGCAGAAUACCUAUAUGGGGUUUCUGGACUACCGAAAACAAACAAUCCGAGAUCUUGGCAUAAGUCCCAGCACAUGUUCCUUUAAUCCUGGUGUCAUUGUUGCAAAUAUGACGGAAUGGAAGCACCAACGAAUCACAAAGCAAUUAGAAAAAUGGAUGCAGAAAAAUGUAGAAGAAAAUCUGUACAGCAGCACUCUUGCUGGAGGUGUGGCCACUUCCCCAAUGCUCAUUGUAUUCCAUGAGAAAUAUUCACAUAUUAAUCCUUUAUGGCAUAUCCGACAUCUAGGCUGGAGUCCAGAUGCCAGGUACUCAGAGCACUUUCUUCAUGAAGCCAAGUUACUUCACUGGAAUGGAAGAUACAAGCCUUGGGAUCACCCUAGUGUUCACACUGACCUAUGGGAAAAGUGGUUUGUUCCUGACCCUUCAGGAACUUUUAAAUUGAUUCGUCCUAAUAGCUGAUGCUGUCAUUUACAUUUUUAAAGGAUCAGGAUCAGUCAUUUGCAGCAUGUACAAGAUACUUCAUUCUAUGCAAUACUUUGUGAUUCGAGUUCACCUCCUUUGUUGCAUAUAAAGCUGCUGCAUAAGUCUGUAACUAAAAGCAUGGCUCAAAACUAGGUUCAUUGAGGCCCUGAUGAAACAAUCACAGUUUGGGAAGCUUCAAGUCAUGCCAUAAGGGCUACAAGGCUUAGGGAAAGUACUUUAUAAAAACAGGGACUACAUUUUAAAUCAUACUCUGUAAAUAAAGUUUGUUUCUUGCUGAGAGACCAAAUACUGUUUCUUGCAGACUUUUUGUAACACUUUUUGAAUAAAAAUAAGGUUUACUUUAAGUAUACAUUAUGAAGUCAAACUAAAACCAAAAUUAAACAUCCGUUCUUUUAUUUA